AUGCGUCUCCUCCCAUCCGCCGCGGGGCUCCUCGCCCUUCUCGACCUCUCCGCCGCCUCCACCAUCACCCUCUACCUGCCCUCCACGCCCGCGCCCGCCUCCCUCUCCCCUCGCGCCCACGCCACGCUCAGCGCGCCCGGCCUGCGCCUCUCCGCACCCCUCUCCGACGCGCACGCCUUCGUCUUCCGCAACGUGACCGCCGGCUCGUACCUGGUCGAUGUGCACUGCCCCAGCGAUGGCUUCGCGCCCCUGCGCGUGGACGUGUCCGACGAGGCGGCGGUGCAGGCGUGGGAGACGUUUCGCGGCAACGACUGGGAUAACAAGGGCGAGGCGCUGACGCUGCAGAGCAGGGAGGACGGGUCGUCGGGCUUCGAGGUGCGCGCGCUCGGUCGCAAGACGUACUUUAUGGAGCGUCCCAAGUUCUCGGUGAUGAGCAUCCUGAUGAACCCGAUGAUCCUGAUGGGUCUGGUGUCCAUGGUCAUAUUCAUCGGCCUGCCCAAGCUUGUCGAGAACAUGGACCCCGAAACGCGCGCCGAGUGGGAGGCAUCGCAAAAAGAGAACCCGAUGAACUCGAUCCUCGGCGGUGCCGGGCAGCAGCAGGCCAACCCGCUCGGGAACUUUGACAUGGCCGCGUUCAUGGCGGGCUCGAAGAAGAAGGAGGGCGGCGGCGGACAAGGCGCUGCGACGGCGGCGAGCGGUGCCGAGAGCAAGGCCAACAAGCCCCAGGGCGUGAGGCGAUGA